AGUCGUCAACAUGCACUCCGUGAGCGCUAUUGUCUUGCUCGGCCUUGUCGCCAGCUCCUUGGCUGGUAACGUUGGCUUCGGUGCUGCCGUCACCGCUCCACUUGUCAGCCAUGCUGUGGCUGCUCCUGCUGUUGUGAGCCACGCUGUCGCUGCCCCAGCUGUUUCCUACGCUGCCCCAGCCGUCCACGCUGUCGCUGCCCCAGCUGUCUCCUACGCUGCCCCAGCCGUUCACGCUGUCGCUGCCCCAGCUGUCUCCUACGCUGCCCCAGCCGUUCACGCUGUCGCUGCUCCAGUUGCUGUUGCUCGUCCAGCUGUGACUUACGCCUCUGCUCCUGUUGUCCAUCACACAGUCGCUUCUCCAGCUGUAUCCUACGCUGCUCCAUCUCUCGCCUAUGGUGGCUACACAUACGCUCGCCCAGCUGUGACCUACGCUGCUCCAGCUGUACAUGCUGUUGCUGCUCCAGUCGCUGUCGCUCGCCCAGCUCUUGCUUCAUACGCUGUCGCCGCACCAGCUGUCCACGCCGUCGCUGCCCCAGCUGUGGCUUCCUACGCUGUUGCUGCUCCAGCUGUCCACGCCGUUGCUGCCCCAGCUGCCGUUACCACCGUCCACCAGGCCCCAGCUGUUGCUACCUACGGUCUUGGCUAUGGCCACGGCCUCAGCUAUGGUCUCGGCUAUGGCGGUCUUGGCUACGGUCUUGGCUAUGGCUACGGCCUUGGCGGAUACAGCUAUGGUCUUGGAGCCCAGUACUACGGUCUCCACAAGAAAUAGAGGAAGAGCGUUUUGGACGCACCAAGAGUAUUGACUGUCUAAGGGGACGUGGAGAGUUAUUUAUGUAUUCUGUGAAUAUGCGAACAAAAUAAAACACGAAACAUCUCCUCAA